AGUCAGUGAUUGGCUGCGGUGUUUCCGGGGUCGGGGCUCGGUGAGGGUCGCCGCGCGAGGUGGGGGAAAGGGGCUGACAAACGGCCGGUGGGCGCGCGAUGCUAACGGUGGUGGUCCCAGCUUGGAGCUCCGCGCUGGCGCUUGCUCUCUGCGCGCUGCUCGGCCCGGCCUCCGGCACCGAUCUACAGUACGUGACCUGCGGCUCCGUGGUCAAACUGCUCAACCAGCGGCACAAUGUCCGCUUGCACUCGCACGACGUGAAGUACGGCUCGGGAAGUGGUCAGCAAUCUGUCACUGGGGUGGAUACAUCUGAUGACAGUAACAGCUACUGGACAGUGAGAGGAAAACCAGGCCAGGUUUGUCAGCGAGGGGUACCGAUCAAAUGUGGCCAGUCAAUACGCCUGACACAUGUCAACACUGGAAGAAACCUACACAGUCAUCACUUUGUAUCACCACUCUCUGGAAACCAGGAAGUAAGUGCUUUUGGUGAGAAUGGAGAAGGAGAUGACCUGGAUGUUUGGAUAGUACAAUGCGGCGGAACAAGUUGGGAGCGAGAUGACGACAUACGCUUCAAGCACGUAGGCACCCAGGUCUUUCUGACAAUAACUGGAGAGCAGUAUGGUCAUCCAAUCCGAGGCCAGCUUGAAGUUCAUGGCACAUUCAGCCCCAGUGCCAACAACUACUGGACAGUAAUGGAAGGUGUCUUUAUCAAACCCAGUGCUGAGCCAUUGAAACAUGAUGAGCUAUAGCUUUAAUCUAAUAAGACUCUGUGUGAUGGGAAAUAAGGAGGCCAGUAAGAAAUAUUGUGACGUUGUGUGUGUUUGACAAGUUACUUCAUCUCGUGUUAAGUCAUAGUUUGUAAAGUAAAAAGAAAUUGUACUUUUUUCUAUACUUCAAAUUUCUAAAGAAAUGGGAAUAUAUUUAAAACAAAGUUGUGUGUAAAUUUAAGGAUGCACAUGUUCAACUGAAUUUCUUUUUUGCUUUAAUUUUCAGUAGUAAAAAGUCAAACUUGGAAAAAUCAGGUAUUGGAAAUAUAGUUUUAAAGUCAUCUGCGUCUCAAUGAUUUAAUAAUCCCAAGAGUUGCAAAGACAAUUUGCUUUUUUAUGCUUUUCGCUUUCCAUUUUCUAUCAUUUCUCCCCUGCUAAGGUGAUUUCCUGAGCAGAGAGUGGAAUAGUCACAGACUAAGUUUUACAUGUAGUGCCUCUCCCCAUUCACUGGGUAUGAUCACCAUUAUAAGUGCACUAAGACCAGAAGGGAGAGCUGGAAGCCAUUAGUGAAUGUAAGAUAAGCAUCAUUUUUAUUAUGUAGCAGUCCAGAUGAAAGCAGUUGAUGUUCCAUUUUCAGACCUCCAUUGCUAAUAAUGCUUCUGUAGACUUCUAGUUCAAACCAUGCGCAUAGCAUUCACAGUACAGAAACGGCACAAAAGGUCUAUGCCAAUGUUUAUGCACCACAUGAGCCUCCCUCUCAUCCUUCAUCUAAGCCCAUCAACAUAUCUUUUUCCUAUUAAAAUGUAUCUAUGCUAUUUGUCACAGCUUCUUCUGGUAGCAAGUUCUGUAUUCUAACCACUCUAGGUUAAAAUAGUUCCUUUUGAAUUCUGUAUUGGAUUUAUUAGUGACUACUUUAUAUUUAUAGUUUGGGUUUGGAAUUUAUACCUGAGAGGCCUUCAUUGCAAACAAAAUGAUGAAUACUUUACUAAUCUGUUACAAGCUAUAGUGUUGCACAAAUCAUCUUUGUGAUUUGACCAGUAGAUUCAAAUUGAAUGGCUCCAUUUUUUUGUUGAGAGUCACUGAGAAACAUUUAAAAAAAAAAAAAUUUGCCUGCUGUUCCCCAGUGAUUUGAGUUUGUGCAAAGCUACUUUACUUCCAUAUACAGGUCUUUUAGCUGACAUAAAAUAAUCCAGUACAAUGCCCGUAUGGUGGUAUUAUCAACCAUUUGGCCAUACACACGUCACUUGUAUCAACAUUUUAAAAGAGCAAGUUAACCUGUUUGGCUCAUUGCUUUAGUGACUACAUCACCUGAUGUGGCAUAGUGCUUACAAACCAGGAAGUCUUGAUGUCUAGUCUGUGCUGAAUGCCCUUAUUAGGAUAGUAGUUGCGAUGGUACAAUUGGCAUGCGUGUUCUUGGUCUGGAAGGGAGAAAAUCUGCCAAUGUUUGUUGCUAUGUCAUGACUCUUACUGGAAAGUUUGUGCAUUGGGAUGGAUGUCAGCUUUGAUGCCUUCCACAGUCAGAUAUCCUGCCACCACUUCCAAUUAAGGAUCAUGUGAAGAAUAGUCAUUUGAUUGAAGUACCGGAGAGCUUCUACCGCCUGUGGAACAGUUCCCUGAUGUGAGUCCGCCUUUCAGAAAAGCAGGUGGAAAAGUAACUUUUUUUAUAUGUUUCACAAACUGACUUCCUAGCUUGAAACGUAUUAAUAUUUGAAUCUAGAUACUAAAAUAUGUCACGCUGUUCAGGCUUAAUAUCCUGAACCAAGCUUCAAAUAUAUUGAAGAAAGGUGGAUGGCUCCCAUUUUUCUAAAAAAGGUAUGGAAAUUGAGAUUUCUGAUCUGACAUGGUAGCCUCUAAAAGGGGUCAUGACAUGUAAUAAGGGCAAGCAGGAAUGUGGCUCUUAAACCGAGCAGAUUGAAGAAUGCUUACUGAGCCUCCCGGAGUGUAAACCAGAAAGCAUAAAUUAAACUUAAAUCAUGCACAAUGAACAAAAAAAAGGAAGGAAAGGAAGCUGGGGUUAAGAGAAAAAGAAAAAAGUAAAUCAAUUUAUAAUAUCUCCAUUGCUAAAUUCUGAAUGAGUGAGACUCCACACUUAUUACAUUUUUUGUGUCAGAGAGGUUGUUUGGAAGUAAUUAUAUGUAUCAUGUCAUUAAAAAUUCACUUACUUCUAAAUGUAA